UUCACUGCUCGAUCGACUUCUUGCUGAAAGAUAUCGAGGAAAAUACGCAUGCGUGCCCAGUGCGAUGCCAUGCAAAGCAAGACAAACAUGUGUUUCCGUGCUUCGAUCGUCUUAUUCCGGACGUUCCUUGUGUUGACAACGUCGACCCUCUGUGAAAAGAAGCGGUUUCUAUCAUUGGAAGGCGAGCCAGAACACGCUAUCGACUGUCCGCGGCGUUAAGAUUACAUAAUGACAAUGACAUUGCCGUGAGGAAGCCAGUCUGACGAAAGCAUACAAAAAAGAAAUCUUGGCACGUAUCCCGGGAAGAAGAGUCAAUUUUUGCGUUGGCAUUCGCGGUGUUUAUACCAGCAGCGCUGUUUGUAUAGUAUCGACCACGUCUGCGGGUGACUGACAUGCAUAGUGACCAAGCUUAAGAAUGAAGCAGGGCUGCGGUCGACUGGUGUGUCGCAGCAUUGCCUCUGAGCCCGCUUUGUCUCUGGGCCACGCUGAGCUGGGAAAGAAGCAGCUGUCCUUACCAGUGACUGACAAUGCAAAGCCCUUCAACUGUAUUCCUGGCCCCAAGCCUUCCCUUCCACUCAUCGGCACUAGCUGGCAGUACUUCAGAUGGGGGAGGUACAACCUGUUCAAGCUACAUGAAGCCUGCAUCGACAAGUACCAUCGCUAUGGUGAUAUCAUGAAGGAGGAAUACCAGUGGCACACACCAGUGGUACAUGCUUUCAACCCAGACGACUUUGAGACAGUGUUUCGACAUCAAGGUCGCUGUCCUGUGCGGCCACCCAAUGCCUUCGUCUCUAAAUAUCGCCGUGAGCACGCCGACCGCUAUGACAGCGUGGGUCUCUCCAAUGCACUCGGUGAAGAAUGGUACAAUCUACGUUCUGCUCUGGCACCAGUUCUGUUACAGAUGAAGAAUGUACAAACACUGUGCACCCAACAGGAAGCUAUUUCGGAAGAUUUUGCGACGUACCUGAGGGGUCUCCGGAAUCCGCAAGACUACUCCGUUAGCAACAUUCAAGACCCUCUCUAUCGGCUCACUCUGGAAUCUAUCUUCAUGCUAUGUCUGAAUUCUCGACUGGGGUGCCUCUCCGAGAACGACACGAAAGACGCGACUACGGUGAUCGCUGCUGCUAAAAGCCUGUUCAGUGCUUACCAGAAGCUGUACUAUGGGCUACCUUUGUGGAAAUACUUCACGACUUCUGCCUAUAGAGAGUAUCAGAAUGCAGAGGAGACACUUUAUGACGUCACGUUGAGGUACCUCGAAGAGUGCGGCCAUCACAUGUCGCCACAGGUAGACAACAGUGAGCCAACGCUUCUGCAGGCGCUGCUUGGGGCCGAGGGUCUCUCGAAGAAAGACAGGCACCUCACAAUAAUGGAUUUCAUCGCAGGAGGAGUCUUCACGGCCACCAAUUCCCUCUGCUUUUUGCUGCACCACCUUGCAUGCAAUCCUGGCACACAAGAAAAGCUGUACAGAGAGCUGGAGACAGCUGGGUGGAAAGCCACACAAUGCUCAUACCUCAGAGCUUGCAUCAAGGAGAGCUUUAGGCUGAGCCCUACCGUGCCAGGUGUGAUGAGGAUUCUACCAGAAGCAGUAACUUUGUCUGGGUACAAUGUGCCUGCAGGGGUACCCAUAUUCGCAAACUUCCUGGUGCCCUGCUCACUAGACAAAUACUUCCCUGGUGCGUCCGUGUUCCGUCCCGAGCGAUGGAUAGGCCCCGAGCGAGCGAGCAUACAUCCUUUUAGCAUGCUCCCUUUCGGCCACGGGGCACGCAUGUGCGCCGGGAGACGAUUUGCCGAGCUGGAACUCAUGACUGCCACAGCUAAGGUGGUACAGCAUUUUAUAUUGGAACCAGUAACGACAGCUCUGGAGCUAAACUACAUCUUCCUCAUGGCACCUAGCCAUCCGGUCGGCAUCAAAUUCCACGACAGAUCGUCGCAGAGACAUUCCAUCCACAACUGACCUGCUGCUAGUCAUAUAUUUUAUUUUUUUGCCUGUUUCCUACUUUUACUGGUUUUUAACAGUAUAUUCUUAAAAAGAGAACUUUUCUAAUAUGUGAUAAUGUGCAUGGUUGUGUAAAAAUAGUACGAGAAGGGAUUAACCUCUUCACUUCACGCAGGACCUUUUCCGUGCACCGGCGGGUAAAAUCUGACGGGUAUCAGAUGCCAAAGUAGUUUUAUUACAUAACCUGUGUGGUACCUGACCAUAUUUUUACUAGUGUACAAACAGCAAAUUUCAGGGAUGAAAUGAACACAGAUCAAAUAACAACCUGAGUUGAACAGGGUACAAUUAACGCCGUAAGGGAGCACAGUUCUCCCGAUUCUUUUCAGGCCUUUCCACAGUGCCAAAACAUGUACGUUCUCCGUGUGCUUAAGAGCAGGUUCGCACAUCAUACUAUAGUCAGUGCUUGCAGUUACUUGCAGGCAUUACUGUUGUUAAAAGGAUUGUGACCUGUCUUGGGAAGUAACUAAUGACCAUAACUAAUCACCCUCCCUCGGAGAGUAUAUGUUUUAACUGUAACUAUAGUCAUGUUCAACUUGAGAAGGAAAAGAAAUCUAGCCCGUCAACUACAUACGGCAUUGGAGACAUGGAGACACAGUAGCGCGCCAGUAGAAAUACUGCGGCGUCACCACGCAGCGUAGUGCUAUGUGGCCAGUCAGUGAGCAUAACGGAUUACAUUAUCUCGCGGAGAAGCGAGCACGUCCAGCCAUCCUAUCUGCAGCGCAGUAAUAUUUUGAGAGCUGGCGGACUAGAUUGCUUUUUCUUCUUAAGUUGAACACUGCUAUAGUCACCUUCAGUGACUUGUUACAAUAACCAACUACUUUCCUGAAAAGACUGCACAUUUUUCUCCAUGAUUUCGGAAAACUGUUUACAUCUUGCCUCACUACCUGUUGCCAACCAGUAUUGCUGCCUCACAUAACUGUCCGCAGUUGUGGAGAAAGAAACGAUGGAAACUUGGAAAGAAACAAUGACACAUCAUGACAGUGUCUACUUUCUUUUCGAAAGCCUUGAUCAGCUGAAGAAAACUGGAAGUGACUCAGUUGAAGCACAGUACUUACGUAUUUAUGUUAUCGUCAAGUACCGUAAUUUCACGCGUAUUAGCCGCGGCUCAUGCGCGAUUUGUUUUUCUAACGGGCGCUCUGCGGCUUAUCCACCGGUGCGGCUUAUCUGAUGACAAUUUUUUCGUGGUAUCUUCCCUAUACGCCGGUUUUAACGAAAGGGCCGACAGUGUCUCUGGGACAGCACCGCUCUGCCGAUGCACGAACAUUACAUAACAGGGGCGCGUCCCUAUUUGAGUAGAUUGACCUUCCUGGUGUCUUCUGGAAGACCACUGACCCAGCGAUCCAUGAAAAACACGCAACAAGGUAAUCCGAUCUGGGUAGACCGCUAGAACUGAACCCCUUCUUGUACACCAUGCCGACUCCGGGGUAUGGACCACGGGGUUUAUGGCCUUCUCUAUGGUCUCCCUUGUCGCACAAAUCAGUCGCGUCGUAUUGCCCGCGGCUUAUCUGCGAGUGCGGCUUAUCUACCAGAAAGUUUUCAAAACGUUCCUAAAAACGGGUCCUGCGGCUUAUCUACGGUGCGGCUUAUACGCGUGAAAUUACGGUAACUUUGCUGUGAUAACAAAAAUUUUUUGCAAAUCGCUGAUAGAGAGGUGGAUGAUAGAAUUUUAUUUUUACCCACUUGCAUUGAGGGUGGGCACCACAAAUAAGUGAUUUUUGGUUUAUUUUUGACAGUUUGACACAUCUGAGUAUAACAUCUAUCAUUCUGCAGCAGUUGUUCAGCGUAGGUAGGAAAGCUUUUGCAGUGUUGUGCGACAAAUUUACCAACACAAGCUUUGUGCACCAUCUGCCAUACAUGUCCACUUAGCGCAGAAUUUGGAAUAAAAGUUGUCGGCCGCAAGUGCUCGACAGUUCGGGAAGUAACUGUGAAGUAGUGAAGCUACUUUAACUGUAAUUUAACUAUAGUUACUUCUUGCUCAGAGUAACUGUUAUCUGUAACUCGGUUACUUUUUACGGUAACUUUUUGCAGAACUGGGUGGCACUUUGAUAGAUGAGGCCCAUAGCGUCGUGCAAGCAUUGUACUGUGUGCCAGAGUCUUGAGGAAAAAAGAAUUAUUUUUCUACGUGUCGUAACGGCCGAGAUAAAAGCCCUUGAACAAGCCUCUGCUGCAGACGUCAGUGAAGUAUUGGCCGUUCCCAUUGGUUCCUGAAUGGCAGGUGGCCCCCCGCAGCUGCCUCACUGGUGGGGCAAAGCCGGACGAGUUUCAGUUUGUGCGGUGCCGAUUUUGUAUGCGUCUAUUAUCCCUUUUGCAGUAAUACUUAAAAUGCCCAUUCACAUCGCCUGCAUAUGACUAUUUUUUUUUACUUUCAUCUGGCAUAACCUGGGACAAAAUGUCUCCAUGUCAGACUACUUGCCCCACCAUAGUAGAAAUAUGGCUUACACAUAAUCAAUCAGUUCAGUGAAAGCUGCAGGUAAUGUGGCAUUAAGAAUUAUUAUUAUUUUUUUUUUUUUCAUUUGUUGGUUUCCAUAUAAGUGCCACAAUGCAACUUGUUGGAACAGUGUACACAAAGUGUACCACCUUUUGUGAUAAUAGGCUUCAGUCAUCGACGUGUUUGCGAAUAUAAUUUUUAGUUACCAGACCUGUAAAAAUUGCUAUUCAGAAGUAUAAUUGAAUUAUGAUUACAAUGAGAUGCUCCUAACAGUGAUUAAAUUGCAGCAAAUUACAACGUCAUAGCUAUAAUUUAAUUGCCAUUAUAGUUGUACUGAAAAGUAAUUUAUUCAUACCACCUUCCAUUCAUUUCAAUAUAUAACAGAUGUGUAACUUUAUUAUACUUCCCUGAGAACAAAUAUGGAAGUAUUUAUUGAAAGGACAAAUGAAAUGGCCGGUAGGGUACGAUGAUGAGCAAUCUGUGCUUAGCAGAUGCAUAUAACCAUGAUGCUGCGAAAGCGUAACAGAAAUUUGAUAAAUGCCUUAAAAAUGCCACAGUGAAAGACUACCUUUUUGCAUGCAACGCAUGCCAAAUUACAUGCAAAGUAAUUUCAAAACUAGCCUCCAGAGCAAUGCAAAUUACUUGCAAAAGUAACUUACAUAGUAUUGAAAGUAAUCCUGGAAGUAAUGAUUAGUGAGAACAGGUGUGUUAAUUGCAGAAUAGUCUCUAACCAUACUGAGUGUUUGACAGAACACUGAAACACCCACAAAACAUACCAUAUUCACUCAGGUAACUAGCAAACUUUUCAACCAAAAACGAAAGGGUCGUGGGCAAAAAUUGGAACUCAACACUUGAAAUACAAUCAGCUACUACUGUAUCGUUUUGAAAUAUGGGCGUAUUAUCACACAUUGGUCAGCAUAGUCGUGUAACAUCGUGUAGGGAGGAGACAUCACAUCAUCAUUUUAAGAUUUUACUCACCAUGUGACCUUACAUAAUUGCUCAGGGGUAGCCAAUCAGUGGAACCUGUAUCUCCCCACUCCGUUAUCUCCCUCUCUCUGUUAUAAGCACAAACAACCAGGCCAGGCACUAUAUUAGUCAUUUUCAUACUCUUUGGGGUAGCCUUCCACAGUUGCAAACUGCAUUUGUACUUAGGAUUUAGCUACUAGUGGUGUGAUGACAGUCUAUAGCACUGCUGCUUGCACCCCUUCAUGCUUUGUUGUACAAUCGUGAGAGUAAUAAACGUUCGGGUACAGAUGUAGGGGACAGCAUGACAAAACGGCAUUAUCGACGGAUGCAUUUCCCAGAUCAGAACAGAUUAACUUGGCUAGAGAGUUUUCUGUACGUGGAAAUCAUAUGUCAUUAUGGUACACAUUAUAGGGAAUCACAGUGGCCCAGAACAUGCCAGUUAGUGAAAUUACCACAAAACAGCACUAUUUUUUACAUAUAAUACACGAUUAUAGGUGUCGACAAAAUGCCAAACAAAAUCAUUAAACAUUUGCAGAUGUAAUGCACCAAAGAAUAGUAGAUGUGAUGUUGUCACAGUGCAACGCUACUGUUUCAUUAAAAUUUUAUGCCAAACAACCUUCUUGCUAAUCAUGCUCGUCAAGUUCUAGAUGGGUGAUUACAGGUACCAUUCCCACAAAUGUUUAAGAGCCCACCAGACAUCUCAGUCGAAAAUCACAAGCUGGAACCAUUUGGAAACUCAAGUGGUUCCAUCUAAGCUGGCUUAUGGAGCAAAUCCCAGCUCAGAUGGAUCCAACUGGAACCCUUUCAACUGAAUAUUAUCCAGCUUAAACCAGUUGUACAUGGACUCCAGCUCUGCUGGAAGCCUUUGAACUGGAUAUUAUCCAGCUUAGCACAAUUGUACAUGGACUCCAGUUCUGCUGGAACCAUCUCAACUGGUCAGAUUUCCUGCUUAUACCACCUCAGCUGGUCUCCCGUGGUUUGCUAAAACAGUUCAAACACACAAGAACCAUUCAGAACCAGCAUGACCCCCCAACUGGUUCCAGCUUGUGGACUGGGAUACUAUUCUGCCUUUGAAAACUGCCUGCUUGAGACCGCUUUAAAUGGCUCGCACAGUUACUACACUACUUCAUAACUCAUUUCAUUCAGCAAUAAUGUUAAUGCCCCUUAUUCAACUAAAAUUUCUCGCUUUGAUUGUUGGGAAACGAGCUGUUGCCAGCUGCAAAAUUAGCACAAAUUUGUGCACAGUGCAUCUGCUCAAAACAUGCUAGAAAAAGUACUAAACUAAACGCUGACGUGAAAUUCCACCUAUAUUUUGGUUUCUAGCGAUCCACUGUGUGUAUUGUGGAUUCCGCUUAAUUGUUUUAUGUCAACCGUUCUGCAACAUGCUCAAAGUCCCAUUCUAGUAACCUACAGAUAAGCAGGGAAAAGCUUGAAACUGGGAGCAUUUCACGUGUUGUUUUCGUGUCUCUUGACCUUUAAGGCUCAUUGUGUGUGUACAUUUUCUCAAAGAACACUCGCUCUUGCUUCCGUGCCAACGUUUCAUCUUGUGGUACCUGUAGGGUUGGGCUCUUUCACUCGAAUAGACAGGAUCGUUUCCAGGUUCGAUAGGCUGUGGGACAGGAAAUCAUAUAUUAAACCGCUUGCCCCCUUUGGUUUUUACGAUUUGGAUAACCUCCCCCAUGAUCCUUUGUCCAAAGUACUUUUUCUUCAGUGUCGCACUCCCUAACGUUUACUUUUCUGGAAUGCUUUAAAAGCUGUAUUGCACGUCAGGGUAAAGUACCUGUUCAAUCGUGAACAUGUACAUAGCAUUUUCUACAUAUAAUAGCUUCAGAGUGCAAGGUCGUGUACUUGAAGAGCAGUAUGAUCAGAUGUGCGUAGGCGGCACUCAGCAAUGAGCAUCUUUGGUACCAGAGUUAAUGGUGCAAAACUCUGUGUAAUGCAAAGUACCAACCUAACCAUGUUGUAGCAGAACCUGAAAUAGGAGCGUAACAAUAGUAAUGGAAACAGUCCCGUGGUCUUAAUAUUCAGUACUUGUAGAAUUUUUCCUUUGAUUACAGUGUGCACUCGUCCUAUUUCUUGCCUUUCAUCUGGGCCUUUUAAUGCAGUUGCGCCUGAGGAUAGAUGUAAAUGAAUCAUUAGUAUUCUCUAUCUGCGCAUAAAUUAGGUGCGUGUCUGCGACAGGUGGGAGUGUAGUAAGCAACCUACUAUUAUUGAAACGGUGCAUGUUGCCUGCCUGUUGUACAGAUGCGUCAUUCAGUCAAUCACUUUAUGAAAUGAAAGUGAAGAAGAAGAAGAAAAAUUGUUGCACAGGCUCGCUCUUGCACUGCAUUCUCCUCUUUGCACUGCUAGCACAGUUGGUGAUGUGUGUGCUUGUUGUCUGACAGUUGUCAGGUAUUAUUGAUACCAAUGUGACCACACACAUUCUCUGCCAGUGUGUAAUGCUUAUGUGAUUAAUUGAUGUAUUCUGAUGUAUAAUUAUAUAAUUCAGAUGUGACGAGAGAAACCAUUCCAUUGCCCAGUUUGCAAGCUCGUAUCUUAUGUGCACCAUACAUAAAUAUGACACUUGAAUUGAACUUUCAGCUCAUUUAUUUUUUUUGUUUUCUGUGCAUGUUUGUAAUAUUGCCUUUGAACUAUACAGCAUUGUUGCUGCACCAUUUAAUGGCAGUUUACAGAUUAACCAGCUUUCACUGUGUUUAUGUGUAAUUAGAACCUUGUGUGUGAGGGUUGAACCUGGUAAAACCUGUUUUUACCCCCCCCCCCCCAGUUUUGUAUGUUAUCAGUUGUCCUAUCCCAUGUGCGAACACCUCAGCUAUAACAAAGAGAAAGAAGAAUUAAUGUAAUUUAUAAUGUAACUUAAAUGGCACAAAGCUCCUUUGGUGUUGUAAGACUUAAUGCUGGCUCUUGAACAUAUUGUCGACUGUUUAUUGUGUACUGUCAAAGCUUGUGACACUGUACGCGUGUGGGUUGUAAUGUGACAGGCGUUUGUUUCUCUGCGCUGGGGUUCAUAUAGUAUCGCUAAACAGUUCAACCUGCCUUCGCCAGGAGUCCCUAGGCUGAAGGAAGAGCCUUGUCGUUUACAAACAGUAUGUGCUGUAGAUGCGAAAUAUAUUUUGAAUCGUAUGUCUAAUAGAACAUAUUUUAUCACAGGA